UCGACGUUCUUGCUGGGCUCCCCGCGGAUGGCGGCGGAGCUCGUGAGGGAAUCUGAGUGAGGGUUCCAUACUUUUCACGCGCUGCCUCGCAUGCCCUUCCGCGGUGGAUUUAUAGGGUUUGACCAUCAACAGCAGAUGAUCUGAAAAAGCUAAGCACGGUCAAUGGGACCUGGGAUUUGGAAUCACAUUGCUGGAGGCUGACUGGGAAUAGAGUAUCCUUGGAAGAAGCGGUGGGGUUGACUUUUGCACUGUUGUGCAAAACAGUGCUUAUGGCCCCGGGAUUGCAGCUCAAUUAUAUUGCUUAAGUAUAUGAAAAGCCAACAUGCCUGUUAGGCGUGAAGGACAGCUUGAAAAAUGUGUAGAUGAAGCUAUAAGAAAACAUGAUUUUCACGCACUGCAACAGUUUCAACAAACAGAUUUUUCUGAUGAUAUGUCCCAUAAAUGCAGCAAGCAGUUUCUCAACAAAUUAGACAAGCUUAUAUGCCAGCAACUUGACAGUGAAGACGUUAACAAUGUUUCGACUUUGUUGAAUACUCUUCAGAACCAUGGCAGAAAUAUUAACAUAUUAGGUGAAGUUGGGUUUCCAGCCAUGAUUGAAUAUGGUCUUAUUCAAAAGAUGGUAAAUUGGUUUGAAAAAGCCAAAGAGAUUUUGGGAAAAAAAGACCGUGAAUGUAAUGAGGCAUUUACUACUCUCUUUGAAGAUUUCUUUGAUGUCCUAAUGAUAGUACAUGAUACCAGCAGUGAAGGUAAAAUUCAAACACUUGAAAAUUUCAUAUUGCGAAUAAGUGCUCUUGUUGCUGAUAAGAGAAUUAGUAUUUAUAUUCAGCAGGAGGCAGUAAGAAAACUGAACACCAUGCUUAUUGCUAUGCCUCGAGAUAUUAGAAAGAAAACAAUUUCUACAAAGGAAAUGCUACAAGUCAUGAAUGAUAUGGGGAAAAGAAUUUUGGAUGCUGGGGACUAUGAUCUUCAAGUUGCCAUUACUGAAGCAUUAUGCAGAAUGACAUCAGAAAAACAAAGAAGAGAGCUGGCAAUCCAGUGGUUUCCAAUGGAUUUUGUCAGCAGUGCAUUUAAACAAAUUAAAGAUUCUGAGUUUGAAACAGACUGCAGGAAGUUCCUUAACCAAGUUAAUGGCAUGCUUGGAGACAAAAGAAGGGUAUUUACCUAUCCUUGUUUAUCAGCUGCCCUUGGUAAACAUGAGCUACAGAUGCCAGCAGAUGAAAACCUUGAAGAAUGUUGGAUUGACUUUAACGUUGGUAGUAAAAGUAUAUCCUUCUAUGUUGCUGCAGAUGAUGAAGGUCAACAGUGGGAAACUGUGUGCAUACCAGAAGAAGAUGUUAAGACCUACAUAAUCGAAGAAAAAGAAAAAGAGAAAUUGUUAAUGGUACAUCUAAACAACCCAAUGUCUGUUGGUGCCCAGGAAGGUGGGAAAAUAAUCUUGCAUUUUGAUUCUGCAUUGGAAAUUACGGAUGCAGUAAGAAAAGUUUAUGAUGCAACAAAAUGUCAGAGUUUUCCAAGGAAAAAUACUGGGUCAGUUGCAAAAACAACGGUACAUGUAGUUUUUGAUGAAAGUGGAUCACAGGUUCUUAUACCGGAAAGUCAGAUAUCACCUUUGAAAGAAAAAGAAUGUAAAUUACAAGAAGAAGAAAAUAGUUUCUCCUUUCAACAUCAAUAUCCUCAGGCAGAGAUAAAUCUAAGUAAAAAAACAAUUGAGAUGGACUUCCAAACAGGUCAAUCCAAGGCCACCCCUGGUAAAAGGAAAAUGUCUGAGGCAUCAAUGAUUGUGUCAUCCACUUCCAGGUUUUCUGUGCAGAGUCCAUUUCCUUCAAUUAGUACUUCAACUCCACGAAAAGGGAAGAUUAGAACCCCUCUUCAGAUGAUGGGCUUAGUGGAAAGAAAUGAAGUUUUCUCAGUACCUGAGACAAGGGCUAUGAAGGCUGGCCGAGAAGAUAAUUGUGCACCUCUACUUUCUGCAACCAAGGCUCUUAAUAGGAAUAAUUCUGUUGAGAAGCAAAUUCCAGCUGAAAAAAGGAAAAAUAUGAUCCACAGUGAAGAAGAACUACAUAUUAAUGGAAAGCAAAAAUUAGAUGAGUUAAGUGAUAUUGUUCCUGACUCCCAGCCACCAAUAUUCAAAAGUGACAAAUCAUUAUUGCCUGGCCUUUCAAACAAUUUUGUUGCUGAAAUUAAAACUCAGAAAAAAACAAAGUGCUGGAUACCUGAAACAAUAAUAACUCAAUGUCAGAAGAUUACUGCAUCAGAAAGUAUAGUAUAUCAAGCUGCUAAUCUAAGUGACAGAGCUGCUAAGCAAAGAGCUUUUGCUUCAAUAUUUGAAAUGACUUCUUCCGAGAUAAGAAAAAAACAGCAUUGCAGUGGCAAACUCAUAGAGGAGCAACACAGCAAAACCAAUAAAAUACCAGAUUCACAAACCAAUUUUAAGCAUUUGGAUGAGAAAAUACCAAAAAGUAAAAGCAGAAAGAGUGUUUCCAAUGCAUCGGAAAUAUCACUUCCUGCUACUAAAAAGAAUAAUAGUUCUCUAAUAACUUCAAGGCACUCUAAAUCAACCUCUGAAAUGAAUGAUCAUGAUAUUAGAUUGAAUAUAUCACCUCCUGCAAAAGAGACUGCUAGUAAGAAAACUGAUCAAAUAAAUUAUGAGAAGAAAACAAAAUCAAAAGAUGUGAUUGAAGCAGCAGAAAUGUUAAUAAGUAAAAUCAGCAAAAGAUAUAAAGAAAAGGAUGGUAUAAAAAAUACAGCAAAAUUGUGCCAGUCGUUUUCUGAUAGGAGCACAUCAUUAAAUAAAACUGAUAGUGAUGAUAAGAAAAAAAGACAGAAUAGAAGGACUGGAAAUUUCAGAACUACACUACACAACAAUACUAAUGAACAAUCUGUGGAUGAUGUCUAUGACUUUAAUCAAAGUGGAUUUGAUGAACCUACAAUAAAGCUUGGAGUCCAGGAAUUACAUCUUAUUAAUUUGGAAACUACUGGUGUACUCCCAAAGAAAAUGACUCAGAAAAAUGAAACAACAAGUAUAACCCAAAAAAAGCAGGAAAAGAAGGGCAGGACAAAUAGAAACUACAAGCAUCUUUUUAGUGACACAGACACUGAAUAUAGAGGUGAUGAUACCAACACAGAUAUUAGCUGGUUAAGGGAAUCCAAUAGAAAGCCUAAACCUCAGCUCGUAAAUUACGGCAGAGCCAGAAUACCAAGGAAGUCCAAAACUCUGAAACCAGAUAAAUUCUCUAUAUCACCAGGGAUGAGGGAAAUAUCUCCACCCCCAAAAAGCAGAAGUAAUAAGAAUGAUAACGGUGAUGGGGAAAGAACACUACAGACUAGAUCAAAAAAACUCAGAAAAGCAGCACUAGCCAAAAAAUGUUACAAAGAACUCUCAAGUUCAGAGAUAGAGAGUGAAGAGGAAAUUUCUGAAUAUUUGAAUGAGAAGAACACCUCAAAUGAACAUCCAGAGCAUAAAAUCACAGCAAAAUCUAGAGCUGUUAAUCAAUCCAAGAUACAACAACAUACAAUUGCCAGUGAGACAGUCAGAGGAAAAUUGAUAAAUCAGUCCAAAAGAUCUACUAAAGCAAAAGAUGACAUGAUAAAAAAACAAAUGGAAUUACCAUCAUCUCCUUCAUCUGGGAGUCCACCUUUCUCUGAGAUAAUGAGAUGUUAUGAGAAACAUACAGAAGAAUCUGCUGAAGAGCACAUAUCAGUGAGAAGGUCGUCCUUAUCGUCCUAUCUUGAAGAAUUAACACCUGAAAAGGAGAAAUCCUUAGAGAAUAUUAAAGAAGAUUUUACAAUGGGAAAAAUUAAUUCAGAGAGUGAACUAUUGAAGGAUCUUCCUGAAAAGGGAAGAAAACUGGUAUUUGAAGCUGAAGAUCUCUCACCUGUGAUAAGUCCGCUUUCUUUGUCCAACAUUAGCCCCUUCAGUAGGAAAAAACCAUUUAUCAAUUAUAACAAUUCAGAAAUCGCUAAGGACAAAAUCUGUGACACUGAUGAAGCAGUGAGCAUUACAAGUGGCCUUUUAAAUAAAUCACUUCAUACAGAAAUAGAAGAUAUAUCUGAAAAUAUCAUGAACAGUAGAAGAAAGGCUUCUUUACCUCCAUCUCAAUUAACCACACCUUGCAGAAGCAGAGAAGAAUUAGAGCAUGAAGAAUGUCUUACCAAUGUGCAUGAAUCUGGACCUAUAAUACAUCCUAAUUUCAAACGACUCUAUCAGGAAGAUACAGAAAAUUAUUCAGAUGAAGAAGAAAUCAGGAGGGAGGAAAGGAAAAUAAAGCUUCUCCCUAGAAAGCUAUUCAAAGCAGAUGAUAGCACUUAUAGAGUAUCUGAAAGCUUAUCUACUUUUUCUAUCAAUGAGACAUCUGUUUUUGAUGGGGAAGGCUGGGAUGCAGACUGUUCAAAUGUAGAGAUGAUUUGUCAGACGCUUCAUAAGGAAUAUGCUAGGAAAAUACAGAGCCGAUCAAAGAAAAUUGACUGUUUUGCAAAACAGUCAAUGAAAACAACUCACCAGCAUAUAAAUACAAUGGGAAGAGAAUUACAUAAGCACAGAUCCAGACAGCUGGAAAAUCUUCAUUCCUGCCUCCUGAAAGAACUUGAAAGUUUUGAAAGAGAUUCACAAAUAUUGAGAAAUAUUGAGAAAGAUUUUUCAAAUUUUUCAAAGAAGCAUUUUGAAACAUUUAGCACUUACAACAAAAAUGAGCAGCAGAGACUUCAGAAUCUUAGAACUUCAUUUGAGAAGAACAUUUACCAUACUGCUGAUCAAGAGGAAAAUAUUUUUCUAUCUCAGGUACAUUUUUUGAAAGAAGAUAUUGAUGGGAUUCAAAAUAAAUUUCUUAAGGAAAUGCAUGAAGAAGAAUUGCUUAAUGUUCGCAAAGGAUUGCAAUCACUUUUUAUGGCAGAAGAUAGAAAGUUGUAACAUAAUGUAGAAUGUAAAUGUAAAAAAUGAAACUGUAUAUAUUUAUACUGCAUUUUAAUGUGACCAGUAAAUUUACCUCUGGGACAUUAUUGGUUAGACAUAAUUAUAAAGAGCAAACAAUUUUGAUGAAAAAAAUUCAGUUGUUAUUGUAACUCAUUCAGGAUAAGGAUUUUGUUAAUUUUUUUAAUGCCAUUAUAAAAGCAAUAUUGGAGAUAUUCCUAAUAUACAAUGGCCACCUAACUACAACUGAUAUUCAUAGAACGUAGUCAUAAAUAAUUUUAGAUGACUUGGAUCUAAUUUACAAAAGGCAAUCUAAAAUCCAAUUCUGUAUAUUCUGAGAAAUUCAGUUUCUUGACCAAUAAUUUAUAAAAUAAACUAUUUUUUUGCCAUUAUGUUUGGGACAUAAUGUGGGACCAAUGUGGAUUAAAUCCUUCAGAAGUUUUAAUGUUCCUCUUUAUCCUGCACAAUGUCCAGCCAUACCAUGUCUUCUUUGUAGUUUCUGAGGUUGUUCUUUUAAAAUCUCAGAAAUAACUAAUAGGAAAGAGAUAAUUGGAUCUGUUCUGUGUUCUCAGGACUAUUGUCCUUGAGGAAUAACUGGAUAAAAUUUAUCAUAUAAUGAA